GUUUGCGAGUUCGGCCCAGUCACGGAUCUAUUUCCUGGAAGUGGGUGGAGAAAAGUUUGCUUUUACAAAUACUUUUCAGCAUAAGGUGCAGCCUUGUAACGAGAGAGGAGGGGAGAAAGAGCAAACGCUUAAGAAAGGUUUCUCUAGUAAAAAGGAAAGCAACGCGAAACAAAAAAUGUCUUCAAACUGCAGAUCUGGUAUUAUGGUGUCUAUUUUUUUCGUUUUUUAUCUCACCUACCUCUUUCUGGGAGCUCUGAUUUUCUCCAGCAUCGAAAGGCCCGAGGAAAUUCGGUUGAAAGACGAGCUGAGAGUGUUGAAAACAAACUUUCUGAACCGGAGUUGCGUAAAUUCCUCCUCGCUCGAAACGUUUUUAGAGCACGUUCUGACUGCUAAUAAGUACGGAGUGUCUAUCCUCAAGAAUGCCUCGGUAAACACGAACUGGGACUUCGCCUCUUCUCUGUUCUUCGCUAGCACUUUGAUAACAACUGUGGGCUAUGGUCACACCACUCCUCUGUCGGAUGGCGGGAAGGCUUUCUCCAUAGUCUUCGCUCUGCUGGGGGUGCCCUUCACCAUGCUGGUACUGACAGCCAGUGUGCAGCGGCUCAUGCACCUCUUCACCUACUGGCCCAUGGGGGUGUGCCAGAUGAAGGCUGGCUGGUCCAGCAGGACGGCCAGCAAGGUCCAGUUUGUGCUGCUGCUCGGGGUGGUCGUGGUCUGCUUCUUUGUGGUGCCGGCCGCCAUCUUCAGCGCCAUUGAGCAGACUUGGACCUUCUUGGACUCCUUCUACUUCUGCUUCAUCUCGCUCUGCACCAUCGGUCUGGGGGACUAUGUGCCAGGGGAGCAGUCUGGACAGACACUGCGGCCACUCUACAAGAUCACUGUCAUGGUGUAUCUGUUUGUGGGGUUGAUGGCGAUGCUUCUGGUCCUGCGCUCCUUCCACAAAGCGGCUGAUCUGCACGGGCUCACCAGCCUCUUCCAUCUGCCCAAGUGCGAGGAGGAGGAGGAGGACCAGGAGCCGAUCAUCGACUCCCUGGAAUCAAGUGAGCUGGACCGGGAAGCGUUGCCUCACAAGCAGCUGACAGCUGAGCCCCAGACCUCUUACAACUCCAUCAACCGAUAACAGCAAGCCCAGACAGGGGGGACUGCACUGCUUCAACAGCUGACAGCCAGCUGAUUUCAAUCAAUAAGAGAUUAUUUACAACAGUGUCCAAUCGGCUCUUCUAACUAAGUAUGGAGAGAUGGGCAAGCCAGUCAAUCCGAGCCUACAGCCACCCGUGGCCAGAUUUAGUUUUUUUAAUUUAGAGGCGUAUUUAUAAUAAUACAACUGAUUUUAUUAGUAUUUACAGGGAGCUCGCAGGCUCCCAAAAGAUGGGUCUUCAUGCAGGUAACCUCACCUGUCCAUGCAUCCGGCACUUGCUUUGCACAUUUUUUGGGGGGUGGUUGAUUGAGCUGGUAACCUGUACAAGCCACUUUUCCUGAAAAAGUGUCUUUGUGUUCCCUCAGCUUUUAGUUGAAAUCCCUUAAAGCAAUAACAUACACCCUACACCAGUCUCCAACCCUGGUCCUGGAGAGCCCCAGUCCUGCAGGUUUUAUAAGAGUCUUUACAUCAUCAAUGGCUAAAGAUCUGGAACGCAUGUUUGACUUUCCAGAUCGCGUUGGUGUGCACCCAGCUUUAGAGUUCAAAUAAAUGUGUAAUUUCGUGUUUUUAGUUGCAGUGCUUACAAAGGUACCACGAAAUUCUCCUGUCAGGACACUGCACUCUGAUUGGCUAUCAUAUUAUUGCUAAUAAAACAAUGAAUAAUCCUCUCCUAACACCGACACCCUAAACCUAAGGUCAGUAUCCUAUACUGCAGCCAUUACACAUCUAAAGUAGUUCAUGUUUGGCAGUGAAUAAGCAUUCUCGUUACUUUAAAACAAAGUGACUGGAGGUGCUGACUUCCUCAGUUGUCCUGAUAGGAACAUUUCAUGGUACCUUUUGUAAGCACUGCGUUUUAGUUUGCCAAGGAUUAUUCUGUUGAAAUAUAAGCUUGCCAUUCACCAGAUGUGCCUUGUUAGUUGUCCAUAAGGACUAUAAUAAGAGUUUGCUUGUUUUUAUGACCACGAGAAGAGUGACCGACCACCUUUUUGUAAUCGUUUUUAUUGCAGUAUCACUAACUUGUCACAGCUCAGAUGCUAAUAUCGUUUUAAAAGCCACCUGCUUGCAGUGAAAGCAAAUGCUUGACUAGUUUAUUCUGCAGUGCCAAGACUUGGUUUGAUGCCAGAUGGGAAAUGUGCAAUCUCCCCUGUUUUUAUACUGCAAUGCACAUUUUGUAUGAACUAUUUAAGUGUGGAUACUAUUGAAAAAAUGAAAUCGCAUACAAUUUUGUGAACUGUACUACAGCAAUGCCUGUAAAAUCACAACGGCAUGCUGAAAUCUGAUUGAAUUGAAAUAUCCUGGAGCCCCCUCUGGUGGCUUAGCAAGGCUACAUCAUCAGAUUUUGGGGGUUCUUAUUUUAAUAUGAAGACGGUGUGCUCCUAUUGGGUGUUAUGAGCUUGCACAGGUAUAAAGUCAGCCUACUAGCAAUAGAAAAGGCAGGGUUUACGAGCUGUUUAGACUAGCAGUACCCCACCAGUAGAAACAAAGGCACAAGCCAAAACAUUGUCUACUGGACUUCCAGUUUUACCUUUGCAGCAAAAUUCAGCAAAGUUUGUUUAAAGGUUAUAAAAAACAGAUUUGAACUGAAUAUGUAUGUGAAGAGUGUGUGUCUGAUGGCUGUUAACAUAUGUCUUUGUAUUAAUAGUAAAAAAAAAAAGUUUUAAUAACUAUAUAUACAUAUAUAUAUGUGUGUGUUUAUUAUUAUUUCAUCAUUUAGGUAAAUAAAGGUUUCAUUUUAUCCAAUGUAUGUUUUUUUUUUUCAUUAUAACCCCUUCAGUCACUGUGUGUAUAAUUGCACCAUGUUAAGUUUCCUAUCUAUGUAUCUAUUAUAUAAUGCAUGUAUGUUGUAUUCGAAGUUGUGGCAGGGAAACUUCUCCAACUGUUUAUUAAAUAGUGAUUAAAGUUUACUAAAUGCUUGUCCUUUAA